CCUCGUUCGUCGUUCUCAUACUUCAUACAAAUUAUUAGUUAAUCGUCGUCGUUCGAUUGCAGGCACUUGAGGGUGGCGUAUGUGAAUCAUCAACCGUUUCCUAGUGCAUAAGAUUUUCCUAGUUUUUCCUGGGUGUUUUCUGUGCAUUUCCUGGCAAAUUAAAAAAACUUAAUUAAUAACGUUUACAUUUGUAGUGUUUGUUUUUUGUCAAUUGUUUCAAGAUGUCGAUUAAUUUACGUACCAUUUACGCAUUUGCACGGGAAAUGUAUCCAAAAAAUAGCACAGAGAAAAUCCAAUACGGAACUGCUGGAUUUCGUGGAAAGGCUGAAUUUCUUGACAGCGUAAUGUUUCGUAUGGGAGUCUUGGCUACUUUGAGAUCUCGUUUAAGAAACGGCGCAGUAAUUGGUGUUAUGAUCACCGCCUCUCAUAACCCUGAACCAGAUAACGGGGUGAAGUUGAUUGAUCCCAAAGGCGAAAUGCUUGAAGAAAGCUGGGAGAAGAUUGCAACGCAUUUGGUUAAUAUCAGUGACCAAGAACUUGAAGUCGAGGUAGGCAAGAUAAUAAAAGAAAAUAACAUCGAUGUCGGUUCAUCGUCGCAUGUGUAUGUUGGUAUGGAUAAUCGUUAUCACAGUCCAAGACUUCUCAAGGCAGUCGCUGAUGGAGUUAUAGCGGUUAAAGGCAACGUUAAAGAAUUUGGUAUUGUAACAACACCAAUGAUGCAUUACUUUGUUGUUAGUGCAAACACAAAGUGUGCUUAUGGUAUGCCAACCGAAGAAGGCUACUAUACGAAGCUUAUCAAAGCAUUUGAAUCGAUUCGAGGUGAUAAGCUGGAAAACUUGAACUACAAAAAUAAACUUCUUUUUGACGGCGCCAAUGGUGUUGGCGCAAGAAAAAUGCUUCAAUUCUUAAAACGUAUGAAGAAUUCAUUAAAUGUUGAAGUCUUUAAUAGUGGUGCUGGAAAAAUUAACCACGAAUGUGGAGCUGACCACGUUAAGGUGCAGCAAUGUUGUCCGAUUGGAAUGCCCACUGCUGAACCAAAUACAAGAUGUGUGAGUGUCGAUGGUGAUGCUGACCGUAUAGUUUAUUUCUUUACCGACGAAGAUGGCCAGUUUAACCUUUUAGAUGGUGAUAGGAUCGCUACACUUGUUGCUGACUAUCUAAUGAACUCUGUUAAGAAGGUUGGACUGGAACUGUCAAUGGGACUAGUUCAAACAGCUUAUGCUAACGGUGCUUCUACGGACUAUAUCAAGAAUGACCUUAAAGUACCCGUUGCUUGUGUACCAACUGGUGUUAAACACUUACAUCACAAAGCCCUUGAUUACGAUAUCGGUGUUUAUUUUGAAGCUAAUGGACACGGAACUAUUGUGUUUAGCGAUAAGGCUAAAUCUACGAUUAAAAAGGCUGCUGCUGAAAAUAAUGACAACGAAAAUGCCAAAAUAUUACUAAAUGUUAUAGAUCUCAUAAAUGAAACUGUCGGCGAUGCUAUUUCGGAUAUGUUGUUGGUUGAGACAAUCCUUCAUGCUAAAGGGUGGGAUGUAAAAGAUUGGCUUCGUACUUACACUGACCUUCCUAACUUACAACUGAAAGUCAAAGUACAAGAUCGCAAUGUUAUCACAACAACAGAUGCUGAGAGAGUUUGCGUCACACCUGUUGGUCUACAAGAUGAAAUUGACAAAGUUGUUGCUAACUAUAAAAGGGGACGUGCAUUUGUUCGACCUUCGGGAACGGAAGACAUCGUUCGAGUGUAUGCAGAGGCAUCCACAAAAGAGGAUGUCGAUAAUCUGGCAUAUCAAAUUAGUGAACUCGUCUACAAAAUGGCUGGUGGCGUAGGCCCAGAACCUUUGGGACCUGCUGUUAAAAUCAACUCUCACAUCUAAAUGUUUGCCAAGUUUGCUAUUGAUUUUGAUGUCUUCUUCGAAUAUAAGCAAAUUUAAUUAAUGUUUUAAAUCACAUAGAGAAUUUAUUUUAUACCAUAUUUAUAACAAAAAUUGUGUAGUGUCUAGAUAGGUAUAAAGCACGUUUACUUUAUUUGCUACAUUCCACUGCCGUUUUGAAAAAUGUUUGAAGUGUAGCCAUUGCUGUUAAAGUAAUUAAAUAUAUAAAAAAAAUAUUAAGUCAAAGUCAAACAAACUCCUUAAAAACCUAUUUUAUGUUUAUUACGUGCCUUAUCCCAUCUUUAAAAAAUUAAUAACCUAAUAAAGAAAAUACAUUUUUUUA